UUUAAUGUCCUGCCCAAAGUUUAGUACCAACUUGGGGCGUAAAAAAAAUCCCGAACUGGGACUGCUGUGAUUUCGCAUUCGCGACUACGAGGACUUUGCGUUUUGGAAACGGAUACUUAACCAUCGCUUUUCGAAAAAUAAGAUCAUAAUAGUGUACGGUAUUUUUUGCGCUUUAGUUAAGUUACAUGAGUGUGUAGGUAUGCGCGCAACUACGUUUAUGAGUUGGCUGCGUCCUUUCGUAAUAGCCGAAUAAAGUAGCCUGUACUUCGCAGGGUUUAUUUAACUAGGUUAACUCGGACGGUAAAAGGCUAGACCUGUCGAAUGAACAGUAGACUGUUCAAUUACCUUUUUAAAAGGUUCUCCUGACAAUCGGAUGCCGUGCUUUCCAACAUCGCGGACUGGUCUUUUUUUGUUUAUCAACAAAAUAAGUUAUUAUUGUAUUUUUUGAUAGGUUAGCCUAGCAACAUUUUCCGUGGCAAAACUUUUUACAGUCUGUGGAACCAUGGAUCCGAGCCAGCACAAUCCCCCUGCCGGCCACCAAAUCGUCCAUGUUCGGGGUGAUUCCGAGACGGAUUUGGAGGCGCUUUUCAACGCCGUAAUGAACCCGAAAAAUACGGCUGUUCCUCCGUCUGUACCCAUGAGGAUGCGGAAACUACCAGACUCCUUUUUCAAGCCUCCAGAGCCCAAGUCCCACUCCAGACAAGCAAGCACAGACGCAGGGACGGCAGGUACCCUCACCCCGCAGCAUGUGCGGGCGCACUCCUCUCCGGCCUCCCUCCAACUGGGCACCGUCACCCCUGGCAGCCUCCUGGCACCCGCGGGCGCCUCUCCACAGCAUCUCCGACAGUCCUCCUACGAGAUCCCCGACGACGUGCCCCUGCCCCCCGGGUGGGAGAUGGCCAAGACCCCUUCGGGACAGAGAUACUUCCUCAACCAUUUGGAGCAGACCACCACCUGGCAGGACCCCCGUAAGGCCCUGUUGCAGAUGACCCAGGGGGGGCCCCCCACCAGCCCCCUGCAGCAACCCCCACAGCAACCUCCCCAGCAGCAGCCCCCACCACCACAGCCCGGCAUGCCCCCCGCCACCGGUCCUCUCCCAGAGGGUUGGGAGCAGGCCAUCACCUCCGAGGGGGAGAUCUACUACAUCAACCACAAGAACAAGACCACCUCUUGGCUGGACCCACGGCUGGACGCACGAUACGCCAUGAACCAGCGUGGUCUGUCGGGCAGCACCCCUGUGAAGCCGGGUAGCCAGCUGCCGUCCCCGCCCCAGAGCGCCUCGCUGGGGGGCAGCAGCCAGAUGCGGCUGCAGCAGCUGCAGAUGGAGAAGGAGCGUCUCCGACUCAAACACCAGGAGCUGCUCAGGCAGAGGCCACAGGAGCUGGCCCUGAGGAACCAGCUGCCCACCGCCAUGGAGCAGGACGGGCCCGGCACCCAGAACUCCAUCUCCUCCCCCGGUAUGGCCCAGGACGCACGCACCAUGACCACAAACAGCUCCGACCCAUUCCUCAACAGUGGGACCUAUCACUCCCGUGACGAGAGCACAGACAGCGGUCUCAGCAUGAGCAGCUACAGCGUUCCCCGCACCCCCGAUGACUUCCUCAACAGCGUGGACGAGAUGGAGACAAAUGAUUCCCUGGGCCCCGCCUCUAUGGUGAGCCAGCCCAACCGUUUCCCGGACUACCUGGACGCCAUGCCGGGCACGGACGUGGACUUGGGCACGCUGGAGGGCGAGAGCAUGGCGGUGGAGGGCGAGGAGCUCAUGCCCAGCCUGCAGGAGGCGCUCAGCUCCGACAUCCUCAACGACAUGGAGUCCGUGCUGGCCGCCACCAAGAUCGACAAGGAGAGCUUCCUCACAUGGCUAUAGAGGCAGAGCAGAGCGAAAUGGAGCGGAGAUCAACCACAUGGGGGCGC